GUUUAUAGGCGGAAAACUUUAUGGUUUAGUUUGAUUGGGUUUCUGAAUCUAAUUCCAAGUGGCCCCAGGGGCCGCUAUUUGGUGGGAGACAUGAUACAGGGAUCAACAAACACCUGACAACGAUGUCGUACGUGGGUAAUGUCUUAACAUUGGCACGUCCAUGUUGUCGGAUCCAGGGACAUGAAUGAGACGAUCUGAGGAAUCGAAGUGUGUUUAGUUCGAAGUGUCAGUUUUAACACUGGUGCCAAUAUGUGUCAGUUAAAACUGUGAUCUUUUGGUCUACUACAAGAUGUAGAGUACUCAGAAACCUAUAAAUGUGCAUUGAUUUCAAUGGGCAAAUAUGCAUAUCUGCAUAUUCAGCAACAAUUAGAUUUCAAAAGACUUAAGUGGACAUUUGGAAGGCAGACUGAAGUUGAUAUUAUAUGAAAGUUGCCGUUGUGCGAGUUGCUUUUGGAAUCUCCCUAUUCGUUUCAACGAAGUCAAUGUGGGAGACAACUUCAGUGCAGUUGUGGAACCAGUGAUGCUUCUCAAUGCAUGUUUGUACCUAUAGCUGUGGCAUUUUCCACGUUGACACGACGUAACUCUGUAACACCGCCAAUGCCGAACUGUUGUUCCCCGACGAUGGUGAAAAUCUGCAACUACUCCACCCUCAUCCUCUCCGGCAACACCGUCGUGUUGUUGAUCGUUGCCGUAACGACCGACUACUGGCAAUACCGAGGCUUCAACCUUGACAACAUCACCAACUACCUGAAACCCCUGGAAGGUGUUGAGGUCAACACUCCCGAUGGCACGUCUCCGUACAAACUGAUAACGACGAUGAUGUCCAUGCCGGAGAAGAACUCGUCACAGGCAGCCCAUGUGGCCGUGCAUUACCACUCGCCCAUGUACGUCAGGGUCUUUGACAACGGAAGUGUUGACGGCAGGGGUCACGUUAAAGACGUUAUCCAAGUGUAUCUGUUCUCUCAAUACGGGAAUUUGUUCAAGGAUUGUGACAACCUGACUGAUGGUGUACGGGAACAGUUGAAGAUCAAGAGAAUACGACCAGAGAAGUGCGUUAUGUUUAUGUCCAGUCAGCCAGUCCCAACAGACUCUAGAAUACACAUACCGGACGCUCUCAAGGUUGAGGUAGCAGCCUUUUGUUCUGCUGUAUUGUCCAUCCUGUGCCUCAUCACCAGUUUGGCAGCGGGUAGUCUCGGGUCGUUGUCCAAAAGUCACAGAUACAUGACCAUCGCUUCCGGUAUGGCACUCAUAGCAGCCAUCAUUCUCAUCACCACAAUUGCGCUCUUCAACGGGAAAACUAACCUACAGUGGAGAGGAGAAUUAUUACCAGGUGUGAAAUUCCCGCAUAAAGAACUUAUUUUAGAAAACAAGAUUCAUUCCUACGGAUGGUCCUUCUUCCUCGCCUGGAUUUGUGUCGCCCUGAUGUUUACGUCGUCUUUCUCCUGGCUAUACAAGGCUCAGUAUUUACUGUUACCGGAGGGGGACGAAUUUACACAGCUGUACCAGGUGCUCCGGCAGAAAGAGGACACGGGAAAGUCUAGGGUCAAUGCCCAGUAUGUAAUUGACGAGGAGGAGGAGUACGCCACAACUCAUAUUGAAUGUACAGUGUGAUUGACGUUGUGAAUGUAAACGACAAACCCAAUUUCCAUAUUAACAAGAGACCUCUGCCAAGGGCUGAGUCGGCGAUACGAUUUUGAUUAUAUCGUAAGUAAGUGUUUAUGAAUCGCUAUAAAAUUGGGAUGACAGAAUGUGAGCAUACGCUGGUGCCCCACUGGUGGCCAUCAACGUAUGAAACGGCUAGUCAACAGCCAACCUGAAGAGAAUGGCACAAGUCAAAAUGAAGAACUGCAUCGGGCAUCAUUGAGACGCGUUUACAAUAUGGUCGUAAGAAAGAUACGAUACUUCAUGGACAGCAACUUCUUCAUUGUGUUAUGAUGUGACGUUUCAGUAUAUAUUCUUAUACCGUGAAGCUUGAUGCCGAAACGUCGCAUCAUAACAUAAUAAAGAAAUUGUUGUCCAUAAAGUAUCUAUAUGUCUUUCUAUUCAUCAACUUCUAAAAUGUCAAUCAAACAGAUACUAUGGUCGUAGCAUAUUAAACUGUUGUUUAAGAGCUAUUUUUUCAUGACACAAACAUGAUAUAAAUUAUAUAGGACAAAAUAGCCACUAACCAACAGUUCAUUAUUCUAGGACCAUAAUGUAAAUGCGAAUAUUCUGUUUCUUCUAUCACUCCUCUCUUUCCAUGUCGUGUUCGAAUCAUUCGGAUGGGCUCACAGGAGAUUAAACAAAAUCUUUAGUUUUCUUAUCGAACUUCAUGAUCUUUAAAAGAGGCUGUACAAACAUACAUUUGUUCCCAGGAGCAUGGUAUUUUUGUCUCAGUAUCAUUAUAUGCCGAUUUGUAUUCAACACCAAUCAGGUUUUGUUUCCAUGUUUGUAAAUGUUUCGGGAAAUGAAAAAUGUUUUAAUUUGUUUUGUGUUCUAUAUGAAAUUUAUACUCAUGGAAGCGAAUAAGGAAACAUAUGAAAGUACAAGUGUUCCUAUAAUCUUUUUCAGGUUUCUUGACAAGGUAUGUAUUGCACUGUGAGUGAAAUUCUGGAAAUAAAUAAAGGAACACUUUAAAUUUACUUUUAAGUGUUCCCUUAUUCGUUUAUAUGAGUAUAUAUAUCUCAUGUUGUCUGGUUAUUAAGACCAUUGAAUAUCACAUAUAUUGUACAUGGCAAAAAACGUAUCAUUACAUUGUCAUUCCACGCAACCAUUUUCUAGAAUAAAAUCUUGAGAAACAUU